AUGGCCGACGUAUUGCCAUGGUUACGUCGGUUACCAUCCAGUCGACGCGAUUUGACCUUUGUCGUUGGUCUUCCCUCAUCAAUCAAUGUACGGACCAUAACAAUGCUAAAAAGAUUUUUUAAAUGCACGGCAUGUCGUAACCGUGCUGCCUCACCUCGGCUGGCGUCAAUAGCGGGGCAAGUACGAAGAAUAGCUACCACGGAGCGCAAUGACGAUUCAGUUUCGAUAGGAGAACAAUUGCAUCGAGCCUUUGCGCCGCUCCUGUCCAAAGACCCACAAACAGGUGGAGCUGCAUCCGAUGCUUUAAUAGACACAUCUGACCUUCCAACAGUUGCCCGUUGGACUGUCGCUCCGCGCAAGCGUCCUGUCACUGGUGCCAUGGACACGUCAGGGUCAACGGCUGAAGCCCUCCACGCUGCGCUACGUUCUCACAAUAUUCGUCAGGCUUGGCAAGUAUACAAGAACAUGUAUCGAGCGGGUAAAUACGAUACCCUUCAUGCAGACGAUCACAGCACCAUACUCGGUUGGUUGACGGCACAUACACUUCCCAGCCUUGCUGCUAUUCACGCUGCCCGUGUUCUUGCAAAUAUGCGACGAUCUGGCUACCGUCUGGACCUGAGAGAUUACCAUGCGACGAUGUUGUGUCAUCUGCGGAAUAACGAUUUACGUCGUGUGGCUGAGACGUUUAAGGCAAUCCGCGCGGACGGUGAACGACCAGACGCACGCGCUUUCAAUCUGUUGAUUGCUGCAUAUGGGCAGGGUAAGGAUCUACGAGGUGCAUUCAGAGCAUGGGAACAAAUGAAGCGGGAGGUACCGGGGGCGCAGGCCGACAUGGACUCUUGGGCCGUCAUGAUCGAGGCAUGUGGUAUCUCCAACAGGAUGGAUGAGGCCGAAAGAUUGUGUGAUCAGCUGCGAGCUGCAAAUGCGUAUUCAGAUCGUAAGGUCUAUGAGGCUAUGAUACGAGCGUAUGGAGUGAACGGAGAUCUUGAGAAGGCACUCAAAGUGUUUGGAGAAUUGAAAGAUGGGCGUGCACGGGAGAAUGUAGAUUUGGAAACGUACGAUGGCAUCAUUUUGGCAUGCGAGGCAGUAGACGAUGUGGAAACAGCGCAAGAAUUGUGGGAUGAAUUACGCGAGUUUUGCCGAGAGCAUGAUCGCCCCUCGCAGAAACGAGCUAUUGCGCCCCUUGUGACCACUUUCAACCGCAUGCUGUCGCUGUAUGCGCGGCAUGGCGACGUUGGCCAGUCAGAAGCAUUGUUCAAGGAGAGAAGCAUGCUGUAUCCGGAGGAUCUUGCUAGUUAUCAACAUCUUCUUCGUGCCUACGCAUAUCGAGAAGAGUGGCAAGGGUGUGUCAAGGUAUAUGAGAGUAUUGUUAAACGAGGGUUCUUGCCGGAUAUUGAGAUAGUGCAGGUGGCCAUGCAUGCACAGAGUAAGAUACGCUAAGUCAUUUGUAGCAAAUAUUUACAAGAGUGUAUAUAGUACAGACUACGGUUGCCGACACAGGCUUCCGUAUUGUUGGCAAUUAUCACCCCUAGUCCCAUCCAAACA